AUGUUCGCGGGCGAAAUGACAUAUGUCCGCCCAUUCACUGCUUCCCGCAACACCCAGGUAUCCAAUAAAGGGGCGAAGAGCAUCGAGCUCACCCGCCUAGAUCCUGCUCAUCGCCCGUCGAGUGAAGCGGCGAAGCACAAGAAACUGGAAAAUCCCAGAGUUGUCGAUGUCACCGUCAAGCCAGGAACCACGCCAACGGACUCUCCCGAGCAGACCCCUCGGGACGAAGAACAUGCUUCCGACCAAACCAUCGACAGCGGGAUCGUCUCCUUCUCCAGCACGCGAUGCACCUGCCCAAUGUACCAUUUCAUCACCGACACCGGGAUCUGCCCCAACUGGGUGGCCAGUGGCCGGUCCAUAUGCCAGAUGUGCUACGAAGGCUGCCUCGGCGCUGGGAUUGAAGAAGAUCAGCUCGGCUGA